UAAACUCCUGCUAUGAGAGGGAGCCCCCAAUAAGGACUGAGGGGUUUCUUUGUAUAUUUGGGGAAACUGAGGCUGUUACCUGAUAACAUGAGGCUCGGAACUACCUUGAAUGGACACUUCUUUCUCACAGGACUUGGCUUUCUCCUCUCCGCUAUCCUAGCGAGCGCCCAAGACAGCACACAGCUCCGCCUGGUGGACGGAGGCCAUCCCUGCGCCGGCAGAGUGGAGAUCCUUCACCAGGGCUCCUGGGGCACCAUCUGUGAUGACAGCUGGGAUCUGCGUGAUGCCCACGUGGUGUGCAGACAGCUGGGCUGUGGAGACGCCCUCAAUGCCAUGGUCUCUGCUCACUUCGGGAAGGGAUCAGGGAGCAUCUGGCUGGAUGAGCUGCAGUGCACAGGAAAGGAAUCCCACGUGUGGAAUUGCCCGUCUCAGGGCUGGGGGGAACACAACUGCCGUCAUUCCGAGGAUGCAGGAGUCAUCUGCUCAGGUCAAGUCAGUAAGACUGAUUUCCAGUAAACAGACAAGGAGCAGGACAGGAGCUGUCAAUGAGAGCCCAGUCUUCACCCUGACAUUUCAGAGGGGAUUGUCAGGAGCUCAGGAUGAUGCUCCACAUCAGCCAGGCCCUUCUUUGACCCUCAGUUGUACAGAAACUGCAUCUACAUUCCAAUAAAUAC